ACGCCCUAUCAGCUGUUUCCUCAAAAUCACCGGAGCUCACGGGAAAAAACUUUUUCUCCAGUCGCUUCAGUGCAGUCUCACAGUGAACCCAUGAGAGACUUCACUGCGUCUUGGAGUUAAAUUCUGUGCGAUCCAGUUCUCAGCAUGUCUCUGGCGGAUCUGCAGUGGUAUCCCACAAGCGUCCAGGUAACGGUACUCCAAUCCAGAGGCCUCCGGAUAAAGGGGAAACACGGCACCAACGAUGCGUACGCUAUCAUGCAAGUGGGCAAGGAGAAGUUCCAAACCUCGGUGGUGGAGAAGAGCGUUGCCCCGGUGUGGAAGGAGGAGGCGGCCUUCGACCUUCUGCCGCCCGGCCGAGGAGGACCGGAGCGCGGCACGCUGCAUGUCCACGUCCUGCACCGGGCCCUGGUGGGGCCGGACAAACUGCUGGGACAGGCGGUCAUCAACCUGCUGGAGCUCAGCGAGGACAAGACCCGCAGCAAGACCGAAUGGUUCAAGUUGCUGGACAAAACUGGUAAGGCAGAUAAAGACAGAGGAGAGGUUCUGGUGGACAUCCAGUUCACGAGGAACAACAUGACGGCCAGCAUGUUCGACAUCUCCGCUGCCGGCAAAUCCAAAUCUCGUCUGGGCAAGUUCAAGGACAAAGUACGCAGCAAGAAAAAGGAAUCUGACGCUGCGUCUAACAUGCUGCCGUCCUUCAGUCAAGUCCUGACCGACAGCGAGGAGGAGGGGAAAGGUGAGGGGACAGCGGGAAAGGACGAUAAAAAGAAGAAACACAAGAUUAAGUCUUUGUUUUCUACCAAGUCCAACCUGCAGAGGAACAUGUCUCAGUCCAUGUCUAUUCUGCCCGCCAAGAACUCCUCGCUGAGCGGUAGCCAGUCGUCUGGGCUGAACGUGGAUUCCUCUGAAGGUAAAAAGAAGUUCAAGUUCAUGAUACACAAGCGCUCAGGCAGCUCAGACAGCAAAGACUCUGGUCAUCAGAAACAAGCUGCUGCAGAACAGAGUAACCUCUGCAUCAAUGGCAGCCAUGUUUACCGUGAAGAGCCGCCCCCCCGGUCCUCUCGCAUUGGAUCCAACUUCAGUCUGACCAGCUCAGGAAACGGCUCCAUGGAGGAUGUCCUCGACAACUCUCCACCAUCUGUGGAUUCACUGAGAGCCGUGAGGCAGUAUUCACCAUGGGCAGAGGAGGAAGAGGAGGAAGUAGAACACAUGGAGGAGGAUGUAGAGGAACAAAGAGAAGAAGAAAGGAUUAAGAUGGAGAAAGAGAGGAGUAGGGAACAAGAGGAAGAACAAAGGGUUAGGAAGCAGGAAGAAGAGCUUGAGAGGUUGGCAGAGGAGAAGAGACUAGAGGAAGAAAAAAGGAGAGAAGAAGAGAGGGUUAGAAAGGAGGAUGGGGUUAGGAGGGAGGAGGAAGAAAGAGCCCAGGAAGAGAGGAGGCGACAAGAGGAAGAGGAGAGGGAAAGAUUAGAACAAGAAAGGAUUGAAGAAGAGAAAGUUAGAAAGGAGGAAGAGGAGAAAAGGGUUGAGGAGGAGAGGAGACGAGGAGAGGAAGAGGAGAGGGAAAGAUUAGCGGAGGAAAAGAGGAGACUGGAAGAACAAGAAAGGAUUGCAGAAGAGAAAGUUAGAAAGGAGGAAGAGGAGAAAAGG